AUGGCAGUCGCAGCAAGCUCUGGGGCUGAAUUCAGCGUGGCCAUGUCUCUUGACGCCAACUUCCCAACGGCCGAUACAGUGCCCAAGAGACAUGCGGCAUGUGACGAAUGCAGAAAACGGAAACUGAAAUGCUCCGGCGAGCCAACGGGUUGCCGACGGUGUUUGAAGCAGUCCCUCUUUUGUCACUACUCGAUACAAAAACAGAUGGGUCGUCCUCCGAAGAAGCGUAUGAGAGAAAACGAUAGUGUCAGUUCAAUGGAUCCAGCUAGUUCUGGUGCAAUCGCAGAUUUGGACAAGGAAUGGUCCCCUUCUGUCAUUCCAUCCGAGACUUUUAAUAUAUGUCCGCCGGUUUACCUCAACCACCCAGCCAUCUCUGGUACUCAGAACAGUAACAAUCAGGCCUUACAGGCGGGCACAUUUGAUCAUCUGCAACCAAUAUCAGCGACAGCGACGCCCUGGCCCGAUUUCUCAACAACCUCUGCCGCAUCGUCCAUGCUCUCUAUGGACACUCGACUUUCAGACUUGCCGUCCGAAUUGAUGACGACAAUGGGCUCACCAGAUACACCUCCAUGUCCGUGUCUGUCUUAUCUCUAUCUUUGUCUGAGCACCCUUUCCACCCUGAAUUCAUUUCCCGUUACCGUGCACACUCUGAACUCACUCUAUACCGCGGCUCGAACAGCCCGUACUGUCAUCCGGUGCGAGGUGUGUCCGCGAUCCUUUGCCACGUCGUGUCAGAACAUCAUGAUGCUAGGAACGCUUCUGAGCGUCCUUGCGGAUGCCUGGCUCCGUGUCUCUCAAGCGGAUGCGCAGGAUCUGGGGAAGCAAACCGCUCCUCCUGCCUUCGAGGCUUCCAUCACACAAGACCCAGAAGGUGCUAAGGCGAGGUGGAAGCAAUGGCUCCGCCAGGUUGUUCGCCGCGCGGUCAUCGGGGGUCCAGUGGACCCCAGUAUCUUUGCACCGUCACCCUUGUGCGACCAGACUCCCGAUCUCCUUUCCCUGGUGACGGAGAUGGAAGAGCGGCAACGACGAUGGCAUGCCGAAGGUAUCGGGAGGUUCAUGUUCAAGAAGCAUACCGACUGCGAUAAGAAUCCCGAAAAAUCCUGCAACGAAUCGCAACCAGCAAAAGGUAAUAACCCCAAUGAGAACCACCGGGAAGACGACGAGAAACUCGACACCGGCCAGCAGGAAAUGUUCUGUCUGAAAGUCGUUGGAAUGGCCAAGACGGCCAUUUCCAGGUUUGGAUUUGAACCGCACGAGUACCCGGAAGGUGUUUCAUUAUCAUUAUAA